AUGAACACUUUCAUCUCUGCAAGUUCGCCAUUGUUCGAAUACAAGCCUUGUAAAGCAUGUAAUACAUCUACGGGAUUUCAGAGUGGAUCGGAUUUUACGGGGAGAGACUAUAAUGGGACUGAAAGUAGGAUGAUCACUCAGACGGGUGAUACGAGUGUGACGUUCAAAUGUGCAGGCUCAGGAGUAUCAUUCGAUAUCUCCUACAGUCAACCCAUCAAUUCAUCUUUCACACCUUCAAUGACUGUCAACGGAUCAUUACCCGAUAACUCGAACGGUUUUAAUGCCAACGGUACAUCGAUAACGGAUUUACCAUUGGGUAAACAUUCUUUCCAGCUUUCAUUCAACCGUACCUCUAACCAGAAUAAUGAUGAGUGGGUGAGAGUGAAUGGAGCCAAUUGUAAUAUAGGUUAUCAAAUGAUCAGUAAUCAGACGAAUACCGAGAUCAUUGACGAUUCAGAUUGGAGAGAUUGGAAAGUUUAUUUAACACCCGGUUGGAAUAUGUUGGAAGAAGAAGGUAUAUCGAAUUACAUAGACUUGGAUCAAUACCAAGCUGAACUUCCAACAGCAUCAAGAGAUUAUAUGGAUCGAUAUCUAGGUGAUGUAGCUGGAUCGUACGAAGUCGUACUUGAUAACAUCACUCAAGGGGUUUUCAACGCUUCUGGUGGUCCUAGAUUAUACAACUCGAUAUUGUAUCAUGCCUCUGAUCUGGCCGAUACAGACCAUUCGAUCUUACUGCGUAAUCUUGAGCAGGGCAAACGGCUGAGCUUCGAUCGUCUAGUGGCUAUGUCGGGGUUGGAUCGAAUAGCGAAUUACUCAUCCACCCCAAUGCCCAUAUCUUCCUUGGCGCCUUCCUCAUCCGCCUCACAAGUGGAAGUAUCAUCCUACUAUCCUACUGCCACUGGGAACAAUGCUCAGCAGCAAGAUAAUAUUCCUACGUCGCUCUCGGGAGGUUCCAUCGCAGGCAUAGUCGUAGCCGCUUCGAUUGUGGUCGCUGCAUUCAUGAUCACUUGGAUCUUUGCUUGUCUCAAGAAAAGACAAGAUCAGAGGAAGGAUGAGCAAACUGAAAUGCACGGUGAAAGAGAGCAGCGAGAGAAAUCGCAGACUACUUUCUUCCGAUUCUCGUCUCGAGCGCCUUCUCCGACCCCUGGACACCCUUUUCACCCCUUACCUUCACCCAAACAGCCUGAACCUCGACCACCGGUUACCCAGCAGAGCCAACAUCCCAUUCCUACACCUAGGAAACCCACCACAUCAAGAUUAUUCAACUUCUCAUCGCCUACACCAUCGCUACGGUCGUUCAUCCAGAACCAUACUACGUCGUCAAUUGUAUCCGAGAAAGACGGUAGGGGUAGUGGCACUUCAUUCUUGAAACUGAACAAUAAUCGUUUCAGUCGAUCAGCCAAACAUCAUCAGAGGAAUGAAAGUAACGCCGAUACUGGAUCGGAGACAUUGAAUCCACUUGGUGAUGGAGGAAAGAAAAGUAUCGCUGGGCUGAAUAUAAGUAAUCCUCAAAGAAUCCAUCAGAACCAAAUACAAAUGCAAAGAGUGAAGUCUGAAGAUUACUUACCUUCUUUGGCAUCGCAUACUCGUGAAGUUCCAUUACCUGAUGAACAACAACCUAUGCCUAUACCUCGUACAGCACCUAUUUCACCAAUCAACGAUGAAUCACCCCGAACCGAUUCAACCGUACGUUCGACUACGACUGAUGGUCGACGAGAAACUAUAUCUCCAUUGGUAGCUGCCCUAUCGGGCAAAACUUCUUCUCCUUUAGCUGAAUUAUCAAGAUCAGCUUCUAAAAAAUUGACUUCACCACUUGGAGGAGUAUUCACAAGACGUAAGGGUGCCAACCCCAAUCUCAAUCCUAACGAAGGUGAUCGUCGAUCGUUUAUGGCUAACUCGCUAGAUGCAAAGAGAGAAAGUAAAUUUGGUGGUGGAUCAAUCAAAACUGUCAAGACAGAAUUUGAUCCAGAUGAAUCAGGCGGUGAUGGGAUUGGAAUUUUGACCAUGUAUGCUACUUUACCUCCUGGACCAUCAUCAUCUCAGAGAAAUACAGCAUUUGAUUAUUCCCCGAAUCCGAAUGAGAAUCAGCACGAGGAAGAAGAUCAGGAGGCAGCCCAGGAUAAUAUAUCGGGAGUUGGAGUUGCGCUGGGUAGUCCGAUGCAAGAUCAGAAUUUUCAAUGGGAGGGAAGUACCCCUGGUCAGAGAGCAGGAGAUGAAGAAGAGGAGUUUAAACCUCCUACACGAAGGUUUUUGGGAUUGGGCGACCGCCCGAAAUCUGGAGUAUCGAAUAAAUCAGGUAAAACUGUUUCUUCAGUUGGUUCAGGUUGGAGGUAUAUGUGA